CCUACCUAUACAUGGUGAUCAUCCUCUUCAAUCUACAACCAGCAUCUGCUAUCGUAACAUCGGAGUUUGCAGAAUCUCAUUGUGAAAAUGAAGACUAUAUCGGAAUUUGUGCUGGUGUUGUAUUUUAUUUUCGAAUAUGCAUACUCUCAAGAUUUUGGCCAGAUAUCUCAACAAAAUCAAGAUUUCGGGUACGAUGGAAAUACAGGUCCGGAUUUCUGGGGCCAAAUGUACAACCAUGAAUGCAGCAACGGAAAAUUACAGAGCCCGAUAGAUAUCGAAGAAAAAGAUGUGACGAUCGUGCAUUAUUCUCCGAUCAUUUUCCAAAAUUUCGAUACACCAUUAGAAACAAUUAAAUUGCAAAAUAACGGACACACCGUUGUAUUUUCAAUCGUCAAUGGAACAUUUCCCUUGGUAUAUGGUGGACCAUUGAAAUCUGCGUAUAAUUUUUCUCAGCUUCAUUUCCAUUGGGGAAGGACAGAUGACGAGGGAUCAGAAAACCAAAUCAAUAAUCACAGUUUUCCCUUGGAACUGCAUAUGGUUUUCUAUAAAGCCGAUUACGAAAAUUUCAAGGCAUCCGUUGAUCAUCCUGAUGGACUCAUCGUUUUAUCUUUUUUGUACGAAAAAUCAGACGAAGACAAUGAGAAUUAUUCGGCAUUCACGGAAAAUCUUCCGGCAAUACAGGAAGUAGGAUCCACUGUAGAAAUCGAUGAUUUCGUAUCUCUGGACAGUUUCAGUACUACAGACAGAUAUGAAUAUUUCUUAUACACGGGUUCUUUGACUACUCCACCCUGUUCAGAGGCGGUGACUUGGAUAGAAUUCAGAAAAACGAUUUCUCUGUCACAUAAACAGAUACAAAAGUUCAGGCUGAUUUCUGGUACGAAUGGCAUACUGGAUCAUAAUUUUAGACCGAUUCAACCACUUCACGAUAGAACGAUAUACCUGAAUCUUCCCGAGAAUUAACUUGCCUAACUCUAACCUGAAAAAUAUCAGCGCACGUACCGGUUUUCUCUGUGAAAAUGUGGAAUCUAACCGGAAAUUUGCGGACCUGCUACCUGUAUUUUAUUCCAGCUUCCGCGUAUAUCGAUGAUUUCAAGGUUUUAUAGAUUAUUCCAUUUAUUUCAAGUCAAACAAAAAUAGAAAAUGAAACAAAAAGACUUACCAGCAGCAGCAGAAAAAACAACACUUAACACUGGAAACUUUCUCAAAAACAGUGAUGGCAAUGGCACCACUAUUAAUUUGUAUCCGCCAAUUUCAGACCAAUUUUUUAGUACUGGAAUUUCGAAAAAAAACUAAUAUCAACUCAACAAAAGAUAGUAGAGGUAUUCGAUAACCUAACAUGAUUACAUUGAAUAAUUACAUCACGGAUUAGGUUUAGGUACAUGAAUUUCAUAGAUGACUUGAUCGCCAUCCAUCUUCAUUUAAAUAUCUGUUUCUGUCAUUAUGAUGACAACCGUCAACACUUUAAUGGUGCAUUUUUAGUUGCAUAAGCGUCGAUGUUUCUUGAGAUUGAAGGGCAUUGUCUGUGGCUCUGAAUUUUGAUAAUUGGAUAAUUAUUAGAAACCAAUUACCAUUACCCUAUACUUGCAAACUUGCAAGUAUAUUACAAAUUAUAGCUGGAGCACUUGAAAUGAUGAAUUAUAGGUAUUCUUAUUAUACUCUUUAUUUCAUAUACAUUCAUAUUCUGAAAAUGACAAUCAAUAACUUUUGUUUGUAGAAUAUUAUACACCAUCAAAAAAUUAUGUAUAGGUACACAUAAUAUUCAUUUUAUAAGAACAAUAAAUUACAUAAAUCAUUGGAAUAUACUUUUCUCAAACUCAAAUCAAUCCAGAAUAUUCCCAUUUGGGAUGAAUAAUUGAAAUAAUUGAAACUUAAUCGACUAUCCAAUGAAAAUCGACGUGAUUCAAGCAUAAAGUGACUAAAAUCUCACUUUGCAAUAGGUGAAAUUGAAUUUAUACAUACAAAAAAUAUCAAAAAUCAGGAGCAAAAUGUCUCCAAAAUGGUGAGAUCAAAAUCCCCCCUGUAUCAAACAAUCUAAUGUUGAAACCACUCCUUCAUUUAUUCAUUCAAAUUGCACCCCGAUGUUUUCUCAUUCAGUUUAUAGAACUUAUCUUCCUCAAUUCGACUAUACAUCACGAUCGAUAUACAGGGUGUCCCGAAAAUAUUUUAACAUUGAAAUAUUUCAAACACAGAUUCUAGGAACAAAAAUAGUAAGAAAGGAUACUCGUGUUUCGUUUACGUUGGGUCAGGUUCGCACCAGAUAGCGGUCAAGAAUGCUAUCUGGGACAGCCCUGCACUGAUGAAAGCCAGCAGCUCGAAACCGGUAUGCAGGUAGUCAGGCGUUCCUGAACCACCUAGGCGCAGCUCGACGUUUAGGAAGGAAACACAUGUGAUUUUAUUCGUCUAUACAGGACAUAUAGCCAGGAAAGUAGUUGUUUUUCUCUCGGUAUCUACCAUUUUCGUUCAUUUUAUGAACUAUCGUGGUAUAAUGACUUUGAGUUUCUCUUUUUGUGACCAAUGCAUUUCACUUUGAGUAUCUUGCUUUUUCCUAGUUGGAUAUAUAACUGAAUUGAGAUUAAGACGUUCUAUGAGAUGAGCCAAAAAACGUGGGGUGCAGGUGCAAUUUGAAAAAUCAGAGUUGAGGAUGGUUUCCAGUAGAUUGUUUGACAUGAGGGUGAUUCGUCUUCGAGAUCUUUUGCUCCCACAAUUUUUUGAAAUGUUUUGUAUGUAUAUUUGAUGGUUUAAUGCUCUGGGAUACCUGGUAUACCUAGGUAUUUUUGAAAUUUGAUUCGGCAAAGAGUAUACUAAAUGUUAGGUUAGUGUUACACUUGUGUGAUGAAAUGGAAUCCAUUAUUGAGAAUAUUCUGGAUCAACGAUACACCCUGGGUAGAGAUCGAAUCAACUAAGAAAUACACACAGGCGUCAUCACUGACAAAGUACACAGUACUCUCCGUCUUUCUCAGACCACUCCCAUUUAUGCGUCAGUGGCGCGAUAUCAGCUUUUGAGUAUUCCU